AUGGCCAAUUACGCCGAUUAUCUUGCACAUUUUGAUUACGAAGUAGUAUAUAAGACAUCAAAAGCAAACGCCAACGCAGAUUACUGCUCAAGAGUCACACCACCAACGGGAUCGGCAAGUGCAAUUCGCCACAUCUCAUCGGCUACGAGGGAGGAGGUAGAUGGGUUUGACGAUUUCGAUUUUUUCACAAUUCAUCAGAUUCAACAGCUCCCUGUCAAAUCCGAAACUAUAGCCCGCGAAACUAGAAAAGACUUGCAUCUCGGCCGAAUUAUUCAACUUUUAGAAACAGGCCAAAACUUGGCCCAACAUGGUCUCAAAGCGCCAGAGGUUAAGUAUACACUCGCUGCGAACUGUCUGAUGUUUGAACAUAGAGUGGUCGUACCACCGACGUUACGACACGCUAUCCUCAAAGACCUGCAUGCGGCCCACUUAGGUAUAGUCAAGAUGAAGGCAAUGGCACGUUCCUUUGUGUUUUGGCCGGGAAUCGACACGGACAUUGAGAAUGUAGCAAAGUCCUGCACAGAUUGUAUCAGACACGCUCACGUUCCGCCCAAGUUUCGAGAACAUCACUGGGAAUACCCUAAAGCACCGUGGGAACGCAUUCACAUUGAUUACGCGGGUCCAGUAGCAGACAAAAUGCUAUUGAUCAUCGUAGAUGCCUACAGUAAAUGGCUUGAAGUAAGACCUACGACUUCCACGACAGCCACCGCCACAAUUACAAUCCUGGACGAUUUAUUCACGGCAUACGGUGUGCCAGUUACGGUAGUGUCAGACAAUGGUAGGCAGUUCAUCGCAGAUGAUUUUAAAAGCUUCCUACGAAAUAGUGGCGUGAAGUAUCACAAACUGUCGGCACCUUACCAUCCCUCUACAAACGGGCAAGCAGAACGCUACGUUCAAACUGUGAAGGAUGCGCUUUACGCAAUGAAAACAACUAAAGAAACGCUCCGGAGCAACCUAAACGAGUUCCUUCGUCAAUACCGGAAGGCUCCACAUUCGGUUACGAUGCUUCCACCGGCCCGACUUUUCCUAGGGCGAGACCUACGAACUCGUCUUGACCUGACAAGACCUGACGAUGUCCAGACAAGAGUCACCCAAAAACAUCAAGCAAACAUGAGCUCUACCUUCCGCAUACUAAACGUUGGACAAGAUGUGUACUUCUUAUCUGGAAACAAAAACAUGGACAAAUGGCUCCCAGGAGUUAUUACUGCUCGCCUCGGAGAUCUUCACUAUGAAAUUAAACAUGGGGAUAAAACGGUGAAACGUCAUAUCGACCAAAUUAGAAUAUUCGCAGAAAAUAUCAAAGAAACAGGUGUCGACCAACAACGAAAAACAACGCCUGAAGAGCCCAUAUUGCGACGUAUUCGUUUUCAUGGCCAACAAAGGAACUCGCCAGCGGCCGCCGAGCCCACUCUGGGAACAGCUACCCCAGUUCUAUCACCAGCGCAGGAAACUGCCAGAGCCGACGCGACUGAAAGAGACCAGGUGACACCGGUAGCUCCAAGAAGGUCGGAACGGACACGACGCGCUCCUCUCCGAUUUACACCAGUUCACAAUUUGUUUAAUUAG